AUGGAUACAAAAACAACACUGUCAGAAACAGAAGAAGGUGAGAUUGUUGACGACUCUGGAACUUUUGACAGUGAAGAUGAUACCGGAAGCAGACGGAAUAUCGAAGAGGUUACCAAUGGAUUAGCCGCUCUAUCGGGUCCAGGUCGGCCUUCACCUGAGAGUCAAGGUACCGAGGAUUCGUUAAAGGAUCGUAGGCUAAGUACUGGAAGCCGUGAAUGCGACUCUGUAAUGGAAAUAAGUAGUCGGGAGAAGGCUAGCCACAGCGAGAAAGAUCGUAAGCACCGAGAGGAACGCAGACAUCGACAUUCUAGCAAACAUUCCCACAGCCAUCGUCGCCAUCAUGACCGAGAUCGUAGUCGUCAUGGCCACCACGGACGUCAUGACUAUAGUCGAAAAAAUGGAGUUGAAGAAGGUGACAAACACCGUAAGGAUGGUUUAGGUAACAACUUAAACUCGACCGACCAUAUGGUCGUCGAUGACGACGAAAAUCGUAGCGAUGUCUCCACCAAUCGUAUUGAACCUUCUGCUGCCUCUUCCCGCAAAUCUAAACGUAGUAGGGAAGAUCUUUCUUCUGACGAUGAAGGUCAUCACCGCUCAUCCUCCCAUCGCCAUUCUUCUCAUAACAGUGAACGACGGCAUAGUGCGAGCCAAAGAAGCAAGGAGUCUCGCAGUCGAUACGAUAGUGAUCGUGAUUACCGUUAUGGACAGAGAGAAACUCUGAGAGGUUACGAAAGGGAAGUAGGAUAUAGCAGAGAAAGAAUCGAAGGUCAUGGUAGUGAACGAGGUUACGAUAAAGAAAGAAGUAGGCGGUAUGACGACAGAGUUAACGGCUCACAUUCGUCGCGAAGAAUAAUCGAAUAUGAAAUAGAUGAUGCUGUUCCCAGUGGUACAAUCCUCAAGGAUGGUCAAGGUUCUGUUUCACAUUUAAAAAAUGACUCAAAUGUUGAAAAGCCUAUGGAUGAACCCACAGAUAUAGUUCUUGAACAAGAAGAAGAUGAUGAAAAAAUAAUUGAAGAAAGACGUAAACGUCGUAAUGCAAUAUUAGAAAAAUAUAAAAAUAAGAAUAAUGAAAUUUCCUCAACAGGGUCGACGGCAAUGGAGUUGACGGAACAUAAACAGGAAACGACUGGCACACCCACUGUAGUUUCACCGGUUACACCAACAACUGCAUCACCAACAUCGUUCUCUUUAACUAAAGUUGAACCUUCUAUUGAUGAUUUUGUUCCUGGGGAAGAUCAAUUUUCUGCUGCAGAUUACGACCCAACGAAAGACCGUAUAGCGGAUGAUGAAAGGCAAUUACAUCAUAAAUCUGCCAAGGACUUAGAAUUGCUCAAGAACAAAGAUGCUCAAGAAUCUGUCGUUCAACGGGAUGAAAAUGACGUUGAUAUGUCUGCAGCUGAUUAUAAAGAAACUUUAAAUGAAAGUAAUGGAGAUCAUAAAGUUAAUAAUUUAAAAGCGAGUGAUGAAUUUGACAUGUUUGCGGAUGAUGAUAUAGCGAUUCCUUCACCAGAGUCGAAAAAAACCGCGAAAUCAAUACCCACAAUUAUGAUGAUGCCGAAGGAUAUUAUCGGUGUUUUCAGUUCUGUCGUCAAAGCUAAAGAUACAAAAGAAGGAAUAGAUGUAGCUAUAAAAAUUAUCAGAAACAACGAAACAAUGUAUCGGGCCGGUAUAAAAGAAUUAAACAUUCUUAAAAAAUUAAUGCAAUCUGAUCCAGAAAAUAAAAAGCAUGUAAUUCGAUUGUUUAGACAUUUCGAGCAUAAAGGGCACUUAUGCCUAGUAUUUGAAUCAUUAAGUAUGAAUUUAAGAGAGGUUUUGAAAAAAUUUGGAAAGGAUGUUGGUAUAAACAUCAAGGCUGUUCGUAUAUACGCACAGCAGUUAUUCUUAUCGUUAUCCCUUUUGUCAAAAUGCAAUAUACUUCACGCUGAUAUCAAGCCUGACAAUAUAUUGGUGAGUGAAUCAAAAAAUACGCUCAAAAUGUGUGAUCUUGGUUCAGCUUCCGAUGCGUCAGAAAAUGAUAUCACGCCUUACCUUGUUAGUAGAUUUUAUAGGGCUCCCGAAAUAAUUAUCGGGCUACCUUAUGACUGUGCAUUGGAUAUGUGGUCAGUUGGCUGUACUCUAUACGAACUUUACACCGGUAAAAUUCUCUUUCCAGGACGAAGCAACAACCAAAUGCUGAAACUCAUGAUGGAACUGAAAGGAAAAUUUCCGAAUAAGAAUCUUCGCAAGGGGCAAUUCACAAAACAACAUUUUGAUGACGAUUAUAAUUUCUUGUAUCGAGAAACAGAUCGGAUUAGUAAUAAGGAGGUUGUAAAGACCACCAUCAUUACAAAACCAACUCGCGAUUUAAAAACACGCCUUCUCUCUAAAACGUCACAUAUGACCGAUGAAGAGUUGCGUUUACUGACGGCUUUCGUCGAUUUGUUAGAUAAGUGUUUAAAUUUGAACCCUGAAAAACGGUUAACAGUGAAAGAGGCACUGAUGCAUCCGUUUGUGACUGGUAAACUAUAA